CAACGGCAGUCAGGUGACUGUCUGCAGUCAGAACAUGGCUGACCUGUCAGAAGACCAAUGAGGGAAAGGCCAAAUUUUGCAUAAUCGAUCUUAUUUUUUUUCUUCGUUUCUGACCGCAGUUGUCCGUCGGGGGCAGCGCUUGACGAGAGAUAUUCAAGAUGAGUGCUUUGCCAGUUGGAAUGGCAAAUGGCCCAAGCAGGAGUGAGACUUUUAGCAAAGACGCUCAGGUUUGGGAGAGACCAUGGAGUCUUGAGGAAAUACGACAACACAGUGCCAGCUGGUCCUUAGCAGCUGACUCAGGGCUCUUCCUCUUCCUUCAAGAUUUCUCUCAGAGAAUGCUGUCAAAGACACACGAGAUUGAAAAGCAGUUGGACAGCCUUAUCCGGGACACCAAGGCCACUGACAGCCGUCUGCACUCUGUCUUCAAUGACUUUUUAAUGCUUUCCAAUACACAAUUUAUAGAAAAUAGAGUGUAUGAUGAAGAAGUGGAGGAGACGAUCCCAAAGGCUGAUGCUCCAGAGAAGCAGCCUGAGCAGGAGAAGACUCGAGAGCAGAAAGAGGCAGAGUUGAUUCCCAAGAUGCAGGAAGCUGUUAGUUACGGUCUAAAAGUACUGGAGUCGGCCUUUGAGCAUCUGGACAUCAAAGCAGGGAACUCUGACUCCGAGGACGAGGAAAUCCCGGACAGAGUAGAGGCCAUCCUGGAACCUAAGGAUCUCUAUGUGGACAGGCCACUUCCGUAUCUGAUUGGCUCUCAAGCUUUCAUGGAGCAAGAUGAUGUAGGACUUGGUGACCUGUCAAGCGAUGAAAUGUCAGUUGACAGUGACAGGGACAGUGUCAUCGACAGCGAAGAUGAUAGAGACGAAGUUCAUUCAGAUGAUGACUUUUCCCAAGAGGAGCAUGAAGCUCACAAUAAUAUUCAGAAGAAGUCGUCUGUGGAUAGUUUUGAAGAAGAUGAAGAAGAGGAUGAGAAUUCAGACUUAUUUGAAAAAUCUGACGAAGAUGAAGAUGUUGCUAAGAUCACAGGCCCUUCGUCCUUUGCUGAUGAGUUAGCUGCCCGAAUUAAGGGGGAACAAGUUCCCCGGCCUGAUGGAGACCGUGCAUCAUUGGCAUCUAAGAAGAAGAGUAAAGACAGAAAAGAACCAAAGCCUACAAAACCACAGGCGGCUGAGGAGGAUAGUGAUGAUAUGUUUAAGCCUCCUAAGAUGGACGAUCAUUAUGAUGAUGAUGAUGACGAUGACUUCUCCCCGUUUGGAGGAAAAAGCGGCCUCUUCAGUGGUGGAAAGGGCCUCUUCGACGACGAUGAAGAGGGCGAUCUUUUCUCUGAGGCACCAAAACCUAAAUUGGAAGAGAAAAGAGUAAUGAAUGAAAGCAUUAAAAGCACAGCAGAAUCAUCCAAAGCUGAUAAGAUUCCAGUGGGUCCCGUAUCAAUAUUUCCAGAUAACAGCCUGUUUGGUUCAGGACAAAGCUCUGACUCAGAGGAGAGAAAAGAGAACAGGACCCCAGCUGUCGGGACCAAAGCAGCUCCCAAACAAACUGCCAUCGGACCCAGUGCUGCUGGAAUCGGGGGGCUGUUUGAUGACGAAGACGACGAUGAUUUCUUUAGUGGUAAAGCGCUGAAAAAGCCAGACUCUGCAGUACAGGAGAAACCCAAACCUAAGAAUUCAAUUGACCUUUUUGAUGAUGAUGAUGAUGAAGAUGGUGACAUAUUCAGUGGCAAGUACAGCGCAGCAACUCCAACUCAAAGCCAGAGGGACGUUGAGGAGAAGAAAGAUAAACCUCCAGAGAAAAAGAUGCCAGCUGGGGCUGUCUCCAUGUUUGGUCCUGCAACUAAAAGCCUACUAACCGAGGGCUUGAAAAAACGGCAGCCGUCUGCCAGCGAGGACCUUGAGAAAUCCGAAGAGAUUUCUCCUGCUGCUGAUGUUGGAAAAGCUCCUGUUAAGCCAGCUGAAAAACCUCAGAGCACAAGCCUGUUCUCUGAUGAUGAAGAGCCUCAGUUAUUUUCAGGUAUCACUAAGAGCCAGUCUAAACCUGAACCUCCAAGUCUGGGUGAAACCAGCAAGCUUCCUGUGUCAUUAUUUGAUGAUGAGGAAGAAGAAGAGGAUCUGUUUGCAUCUGCUGCCAAAUCUAAAGUUAAACCUUCUCAAGCUAAAGUCUCUGUUUCACAGUCGACCAAAGCAGCAUCUAGCUCCCUUUUCAGUGAUGACGAGGAUCAGUGGAUAAAUUCAAAAAGUAGCACAUCAAAGGCAGAAAAUAAAACGGGAGGGAUAAAAACCAGCGCCAGUGCCCCGUCAAAUCUCCCAAGUCCUAAAAUAUCUCAGAAGAGCAGUCUAUUUAAAGACAAGGAUGAUGAUGACCUGUUUGCCCAGACAAAGAUCUUAAGUCAGAAGAAGCCCCAGAGGGUUGCUCUCCUUUUUGAGGACGAGGGAGAUGAUGAGGGAAAGGAAUCUCUGUUUGGCAAUAAACCUGCAGUUCAAACAAACACUGAAGCUCCAACUAAAAUGCCCUUUGCCACCCCGCAGUCCUCCCCAAGGUCAGAGGAGGUUCCGGUUUUUGAGGCCCCUGCAGAGGACAAGCCACAAGUGCAGCCGAAACCAGCUGAAAAGAAACCUGAAUCGCUGCCAACUUUGCCAUCACAGAACACCACUGAAAUCAGAAAGAAGCCUGCUGGAGCAGUCAGUCUGUUUGGUGGUAUCGACGUUCUGAGCAGCAAGCAGACUAAGGGUCCUCUGGAUUAUGAAGACCAGGAUGACAUCUUCCUCUCUAAAGGCAGCCCACCACCAAUGUUUAGCACGGAGGAAAAGAAGGAAGAGAAAGGCCAAACAAAAACUGUCAGUCUGUUUGACGAGGAUGAAGAAGACGAGUCAGAAUGGAACGAUCCAAUAUUCAUGGCCAGUAAGUCCAUGGGAGGAAAGGCAACAAAGCCUGCAGAGGACCAACAGCAGAAAAAGAGCACCGGGGUUUUCCAGGAUGAAGAGCUGUUGUUUAGUCACACACAGCAGAAGGACAACGACCCUGAUGUUGAUCUCUUUGCAGCCGCAACAGAAACUGAGGUCAGUUCGGUGAAACCAGUAGCACACAGUUUGUUUGCAGACGAUGACGAAGAUGAUAUUUUCAGCUCUACAACGGCAACACCUCCUCCUCUGAAUGUAGCAAAGAAACCAAGCAAACCUCUUAAUAAAGCUCCACUUGCAAGCCCAGAUCCUGUUUCAGAAAUUCAGAAACCAGCACCAAGCCCUGUAAAACCUAAAGAUUCCUCAUCGAGGAUUGGGAAACUUCAAGCCAGUCUGAUGAUCAACCCUGCUGCUUUGCUCCCUGGUGCUGUUUCCAGCAUGUCAGGGACCCUGAGCUCCUCCUCUGGGGUAUCCAGCUCCAGCCUGAGCCCCAGCCCUGUUUCAACUCCUAUAGGAGGACAUGAUGAGAGUGAAGGGGCGGUGAGCUUUGAUAAACCAGUCCAGGUCACAACUCUGCAGAGUGCACACAAGGACCGUGCAAAAGGUUCGGCUCUUCGGAGACCCCAGUCCAGAGCAGCGAGGCAGCAGGCGGCCAAAAAGUCGAUAGGGGACACAAAUCAGAGUGAAGGAGGAGACAUUUUUGGGCCAAAUCCCAGUGUUUCCAGUUUAGUGUUACCUCCAUCAGACAAGACCAGCCUCACACCCAUUAGCCCAACAUCACCUUACUCAUCUGAACUUUCACCCUCACCGAUGCCCUUACCCUCACAGCCUUCUUCCUCCCUAAGCUCCUCCAGACCCUCUGAGCUGUCACUGCCAGUAUCGACAAAUGUAGUAAUGAAAGACUCCAGUAAGAACAGCAGCAGUACAAAGAAACAACCAGAAGAAGAUGACCUCUUUGGCUCAGACAUUCUCUUUGGGCCUAAAGCGGUCAGUAACAAGCCCUCCCCGAGAGAUGCCAAGAAGACCAGUGAUCCACAGGCCAGUGGUGGGACAAGACUGAAGGAGGACAAAGAUCCCAGCACCCUUCCAUCUAUUUUUGAUGACCACACUGAUGAUCUUUUCCAAAAUGUUAAGCCGCGAUCAGCGACGAAGAAAGCUAAGGCCUCGCCCUUUAUGGAAGAUGAUGACGAUGACAUAUUUGGACUUAACAGCAGUGCCACUACCACGUCCAAACCUAAGAAGGAAAUUAAGAAUGAUGGCAGUUUUUUAAAACAGGACAUUUUUCAGGACGAAGCCGGCAUUGUGCCUAAAGUUGACAAGACACUCAAAGAGAAAAGCAUUGAUCCUACCUUGUUUGAUAAUGUGGACAUUUUUGCUGACCUGACAGACACUUUUAAACCAAAACAGAAGUCCAAGUUAAAAGGAGAGACCAAGUCAAUAUUUGAUGACGACAUGGAUGACAUUUUUACAACAAGCACAGCAAAGCCAGUGCCGAAGGCGCCUGAUAAAUCAAAGACAACUCCACCAGCCAAGGAGACCAGUAAUGCACCAGAUUCCAUCAACAUAUUUGAUGACCCACUUAAUGCUCUGGGUGGGAUCUAAUGUCUUGGAGUGCCCUGGAAUUUGUACAAUUGUGGAUUUUUUGUUUUUUGCUUCAUCAUUUAGUGAUGAAGAAAAUAUAUCUGAUACACUGUUGAUAGAAUAUUUAUUGCUAUAACAUGUGGCUUAUUUUCAUCUGAUAAAGAUUGUAAUUAAUAUGAUUCCAUUCAUCUUUCAACUGUUUCCAAAAUUAUUCUGGCAUCAUAGUUAAUAUAACUGUUUAGUCUAUAAUACAUUAAAGCACUUUAUAAGCAUACAUUAUGCUUAGUCUCUAGGCCUGCAGAAAUUAAAUGUUUUGUUUGGUUUGAUUUGAAUUGUUUGGCUUUGUCCUGUGAGAUGUCAUAUCUUUAGGUUUGUGCCAUAUUAUUCUUCCUCUCAAGUCAUUUUUUGACAAUGUUUUUAUUAAGAAUUUCAUCCAUUUCCUAACUUUGAUUGUGAUGAUACAGACAAUGCUUUUUUAAUAACUAAAAUGAAUCGUAUUUUAUCUGAA